AUGGACGCUGAGGAAGAGUGGACCGAGCAACUGACCGCGCACCAGCUGUUGGAUCGAAAGGUGCUUCGCAAACGGAAUGGGAGGCUCGGCACAGACGGAGCUCUCCUCUACCUACUGAGCAGCCAGAGAGCCGUCCAGAUCGACUCCAUCUCCCGUUAUGAAUGCGCCGCCUCCUGUCCGAAUCUGAUGAUGAGUAGGAGCGAGCACAGCAAUGGGAGGCCCGUCCCAGUGGCCCUCACCCCCCAGCUGCCCCCCAGGGCCCACCGGCCCCUCUGCGUGUCGGUGUCCUCCGACAGCAGCGGGCGCUUCAAGGCCCUGGAGACCCAGGAGUGGAAGAACAACCUCAAAGCUCAGAUGGAGCAGGCCCACAGCGCCGGGGCGGCCAGCAGCACGGGUUCCCUGGAGAGAGCGUCUCUGUUCUGUGCCUCCGCCUCGGCCUCCACCUCCACCUCCUCCUCCACCUCGGGCCUGUCCAGCCCCGUGGAGAUCCUGAACAAGAGCCGCUCGUCCAGCCGCUUCUCGCUCUUCUCCCCGCCCUGGAACAGCAGCUCCGAGUCGGACUCGAACCCGCCUUCCCGCUCCGGCUCCAAAAAGUUGCGCAACUACAGCCGGCGGGCGGCCACGGGCCCGGCCGGCGCCCGCGGCCCCGAGGGGCCCGUCGCCGAGCACUUCCAGUACGCGGAGCCGGUCAUCUCCCGGGUGACGGACUACCUGUUCGUGGGGAACCUGAACGCGGCGUACAGCGGGCGCACGCUCUGCCGCAACAACAUCGACAGCAUCAUCGACAUGAGCGGCGCCCCCGGCGCGCCCGGCCCCGCCCUCAGCCUCAUCCCCUGCACCUGCUCCCGCGGGGCCCGCCACAGCUGGUCCCGCCUCAAGGUGGACAUCGGCGACGUGCCGGUCGCCGCGGGCGACGGCUCGGCCCUGAAGCAGCGCUGCUUCGAGGACAUCAACGAGUGCAUCGACGCCUCGGCGGAGAAGCGGAAGCGCGUGCUGGUGCACUGCCGGGACGGCUUCUCGCUGGCGCCCACCUGCGUGAUCCAGUACCUGAUGGUGAGGCGGAACAUGAGGCUGAUCGCCGCCUACGAGCUGCUGCGGGCGCGAUACCCCGUCAACAUCCGCGAGCGCCACCAGAACGUGCUGGUGAGUCUGGAGGGGGCGCUGAGGCCCGGAGGAAACGUGGAGCCCGAGUGCUUCAAGCAGGCCAUCUCGCGCCGGGUGGCCUGGACCUGA